GGUGGUCGCUUCCUCACCGCAGAGGAGAUCGCCGCGCAAAAAGCCAGCCAGGCUGCUGAGGCCGGUCCCUCGGCAUCCACCUCCCAGGAUGGCGAAGACGACGAUGCAGAGCUCGUCGACAAGGACAUGGAUAAGGACACCGACAAGGAUGCUGAGAUGUCCAUCGACAGUCCUCUCGAGAUCAAGCCAAACUUCGCUGCCCCGCCGCAGGUCCAGCUCCCAGAGGUCAGAGCCGAGCAGCGUCCUGCUCAACCUCAUCUUCAGCCCCGGCCGCAACCUUCCCAUCCUCAGAUCCAGGUUCCCGCCCAGCCGCAGGUAUCGACGCACGUUCCAAAAAGCCAGCCUCAGACCCAAAUGCAGUCGCCCGUCCACAUGCAGCCGUCGUCUCACUUCCAGGGCCAGCCCCAAGCGCAAUCACAGCCGCAAUCCUCCCAGAACCACCGGGCGAUGCGCACGCCCUUCGACAACCAGCUCUCGCUCGGGCACAACGCCGGGCCCAUUAGUCUCUUGAGCGUCGGAUACCAACACUCCCUCUCCCAUCCUACCUCACCAACGCCGCUCUCGCCGCACCCCAGCAUGUCGGACGCAUUGCGCAACCGCGAGCACGUGUCGCACGGGCACUCCCAUCAGGAGCACGGGCAGCACGACCACUCCCGGCACAUGGGCUCUACCGCCUCCUCGUCCAGUAUGGGGAGCCACAUUUCUAACGCGUCCGCUCAGCCCGUCGCGCAGGUAGGCGCCCCCCCUUCGUCUUCAAUCAACCUCCGGGCUCCCUACACGCAGAUGCACCACGUCCCCCACCCGCACGCGCAUGCCCGUCACCACCACUCGUACGUGAACAACGUAGAGCGGUUGUACGCUGAUGAUCGCAAUGUCAUGGGUAUAUCUGGAUCGCUGAAGGGAGACAUGCAAUCGCGUGCUGGAGACCUAAUGAGAUACGGGACGGGUCCCGAGUCGUCGAGGAGAUAAAUGCGCCUGCCGCACUGUACAAUAUACCUUUCGCUUCCAACCGUUUCUCCAUCGCUUUGCUUAUGUGGCCAUCCUAGUAAUCGCUGUGUCUUUGCCCCUUGAUUCCGGUGUUAGAUUCGUUUACCAGCCUUCUUGUUAGAGUCCACCCCUCGUUUAAUACCGUUCGUAUAGGAAACACAUCCUCAGCGUUGAUUCGCUCUCGUAGUUCUGGAC